GUGUCGCCAUAGCAACGGCCCUUAGUAACCGGGGCUGCAGCGGCCACGGGCGCUGCUUCUCCAAACACAAGGAGCGGGCUCCGGUGAGAAGCUCCUGGGACAGCCCCCCCCGGCUCGUGAGGAAGGUCGGAGCCGGCGGGUGAGCAGCGCCUGCGCGGGCGGAACCUUCUCCCCCCCCCCACACUCAGACAGCCGGAACCUUUGUGGUGCGGCGGCGGGUUGCACCCGGACGUUGCUAGGGCCCCGCGGCGCUCGGAGAUGUUCAAGAACACGUUCCAGAGCGGAUUCCUCUCGAUCCUCUACAGUAUCGGCAGCAAGCCCCUGCAGAUCUGGGACAAGAAGGUGAGAAACGGCCACAUAAAGAGAAUCACUGACAAUGACAUCCAGUCCCUGGUCUUGGAAGUUGAAGGAACCAAUGUCAGCACAACGUACAUCACCUGCCCGGCAGACCCGAAGAAGACCCUCGGUAUCAAGCUGCCUUUCCUGGUGAUGAUCAUCAAGAACCUGAAGAAAUAUUUCACCUUCGAAGUCCAGGUUCUCGAUGAUAAGAAUGUGCGCAGGCGAUUCCGAGCGAGUAACUACCAGAGUACGACUCGGGUGAAGCCCUUCAUCUGCACCAUGCCGAUGAGGCUGGAUGACGGCUGGAACCAGAUCCAGUUUAAUCUGUCCGAUUUCACCCGGAGGGCAUACGGCACUAACUACAUCGAGACUCUGCGAGUACAGAUUCACGCAAACUGUCGUAUUCGGCGUGUUUACUUCUCGGACCGGCUGUACUCUGAGGAUGAGCUCCCAGCUGAAUUCAAACUUUACCUACCUGUACAGAAUAAGGCCAAGUGAGAAUCAUGAGCAGGAUGACGUUUGUCUGUUUGGAGUUCAGAACACCAAGUCUCUUCAGCACCACCACCUUCCCCCAACAUAAGGUUUCGCUGUGGAAAGUAAAUGUUUUGUAUAUUUUCAUUUAAUAUAAAGCUGGUGAUUUAAACUUUCUUGUUGGUUUACUUUAAAUAUUGUAUCUUUUUUGGAAUUAAAACUUUCUUUAAUCUAA